AUGGCGGCGUGGCGUGAGGCGGCGGCAGUGCUGGCGUUGACGUGCUGCUUGUCGGCUGCCGACGCCGGCCUGCACGUGAGGCAUGAGAUUUUCCUGCCUUCGCCGCCAUGCCACCAUGCCGCCCGCAACAAUAAGCCGCGCCCACUUGGCCGUGGCCGUGGCCGUGGCCGUGGCCGUGGCAGCUACUUACAGCGACAGCGACAGCGACAGCUACAGCUACAGCUACAGCUACAGCUAGUAGGCACACACACUGGCACAACGGCCCAGAGCCCAGAGUCCAGAGUCCAGAGUCCAGAGUCGACAGCCCUGCCACCACCAUGGUAUCAACUAGAGGGCGCUGCCGCCGCCCGUUGUACUCGCGGCCUAAAAGUACCUCUUCCCCUACCCUACCAUGCUGAUGCCAAUACCAAUGCUGCUGCUGCUGCUGCGAGCCGGCGAGGGGAAAAUCCCUACCUACAGCCACCCACUCCGCCGCCCAUGCCAUCCAGGGCCCCCGCUGCUUUAGCGAGCCUAUCUCAACACGACCAAGGCCUUUUUGACGCUGCCGACUUGUCAAUUUCAUGCAGCACCAGCACCCACGGCCCUGCCUGCUCCGCUGCCCGCCAACCACAGCCGACGAGAAAGAAAAAAAGGGGACAAAGGAAAAAAAAGCGCCCCUCGUCUACAGCCGAAUGCCCGGGCCUUCCAGAGCCCUGGCGCUGCUGCUGCUGCUGCUGCUGCUGCAUCAUACUACUGACGCCGGCCACCGUCUGCUCUCCUCUGCCUCGUCGUCCUCGUCGUCCUCGUCGUCGUCCCAAUCCUCUCAUGCCUCGCAUUCCUCUCCUACCUCCUCCCCUACCUCCCCAUGCUCGCCAUUGCCGCUCUGCGCCUCCAAAUCCUCACACCGUACCCUCCCGGGCCACAGCCGAGUGCUGCUCCGCCCUCUGUGCAAGCUGCCACCCUUGA